AUGAACACGGGCGACUACGAUGACGGACAGUUCUGGCUGCUGCUGGAUCAAGAUAUUGGCAUCAAGCUUGUCAGAAUUUUCGGGUUGUCCGUUGCUGAGGUGGGGUACUUCCACAUUUUGGUGAAAAUGCUGGUCUGGCGAACCAUUCCAGCCCCUUUUGUCGCUAGGGGCGGUGGGAUUCGAAAAGCCAACGUUGAAGGUAAGAAGAGUAUGGUCGCAGUUCGGCGGAAAAGCACUACGAUGCCUGGCUUUUGGGAAGAACUGACGGGCAUCAAUGGGUCUUAUCGCAAGUUCUGGAAUUUAGUGCACAAGGUGACAGAUCUGACGACUCAAGUCGUUUUGCUGAGUAACUACCUUGAAAAGGGUUUCCCAGACGUGCUGGUGUACGGUUGGGCCGCGUUCAUCAGCUGCAACUGCUUAUCCUGCGUUCACAACAUUUUACUCGAUAAACACUCAGCGUUGGCCGAAAUCCUCGUGGAUUCGAUCUUCGACCUCAUUGCCACCAUUGUGUAUCCGAUUCUGGUGCUUGUUUACUGCUAUUACAACUUUCAGUUCGACCAUGAAGUGUUCCGCACAUACGUCCAAGUACUGCCCGCUGGAAGCUUUGAGAUUAUCGCUCGACUGUUCGCUGACCCGGCGGAAGUCGAACUUUUCCGUGUAAAUUUCAACUCGCUUCGGGACCAAACACCGCUGCUUCUCGUUAUCCACCUGCUCAUGAACUGGUCGUUCUGGCACCGUUUUAAGGCGGUCGUCGAGGUGCUGCAAAACAGGGUCCCAAAGCCGUUCGCACUGUUCUUCAUGGCAAUUAGUGUACUGCUGGUACCGUACGUCCAUCUUGCAAUCCAGGCUUCAAGGUCAGCGUGCAGCCCUUACACCGAGUGCUUGGUCUACGCCUACCGAUUCCCGUGGACGCCUGCGAACAAAGAAGUUUGCCCUUGCCGAACGUUGAUAGACAUCGAUCGGGCGCCAAAGACGUUUGACGAGUGGAUCAACCCGGUGGAUGUCACGGAUGAGGUGAAAACUCUAGCAGCGUCUGGGGAUCUCAAAGUGCUGCGUCUGAUAAACCGGCAGUUGGUGGAGCUGCCGACUGAGCUGAAGAACUGCCAGCUAGAACAUCUAUCGCUGAUCUACACGUCUACCAACAGAUUUCCCGACUGGACCAGCACCUGGAAGUCCCUCGAGUUCCUGCACGUGGAAGGCAAGCAGGGCAGCGACAACUUGGUAUACCUUCCCAAGAAUCUUUUCAGCGCGAUGCCGCACCUCGUAUUCCUCCACUUGGCAUUGCACAAGUCGCUAAAAGAGCUCCCAGCACUUGAUGGGACCCUGAAGCUUCAGACAAUCGAGUUAGCUCACUUAUUUGGACUAACCCAACUUCCCGACCUCGAUAAGACUCUGGACCUGAGAGGGAUUGUCAUCGCAUACCUCCCGCUGCUCGAGACGCUGCCGGACCUUCUUCACCUCAAGCAUCUCAUCAGCCUCACGGUCUUCCGUCCUAGCUUCCUCUGCUGCAAUGGGUACCUCGGACGGUGCGACUUGACGCACCCGUUCUGUGCUGCAGACAGCUCGCACAACCUUCCAGCUGCUACGUGCCUGACUGACAGUAAACUGCAAGCCAGCCCUGCGAUGGUCAGUCUGCUAGAUCGUUUCGGCUCCGCUGUUUGCUACAAAACUCCCGAAAAUCUGCUCGAAUUUGCGGAUAUACCGACAAAAGAAUCCGUUGAUAUGUGCGGCGGUGUGCCCUAUCGACGGUGCGAGAUCCUCGACCCUACGAGGAACGAGACGCUGGAGGGCAUGUGCUACAACCUCAGGAUGCAGGUGUUGUCGUGCAAUCCGGACCCCAACAACAUGACCGUGCGUAGGCUGCAGAUCAAGCUGAAUGUUGGCACGCCUUGCAACGUCGUGGAGGAAGCAUGGCUGGGAUGUGGCAAUAGCGUCAACUGA